UCCUCGUUGCGAAAGCAUUGGCGUUGCUGCCGUCAUUGGCGCGUGGGUGCCCCCACAUCCAGGCACAUUGCAGGUCUUGGCGUGCGUGUCGCCGCAAAGCACGGGCCUUUCCCGAAACAGCAAGCGGUCAAUGGAUAAAAGGGGCAGUAUUCUGGAAACUCCCCAGGUACGUACCUUUCAGGUUGAUUUCGAAAUGCCGACGAUGAGCGAGGGUGGGAAGAAGCCUCGCACCACACCUGGUCACGACCACAACGACGAUGCAAUCCCUCGGGCGGCCUGUAGCUCGGACUGUCCUUGGGGCGGCACGUCAGCUCCAUGGAAGGCCGUUAUGGCCCGGGGCGAGACUAUGGACCGAGCAAUCGCAUGAGAGAUGGCGGUCGAGGCAGCUGACAGUGCCAUUGCGAUGCUACGCGACAUUUCCCAAGGAUGAAAACAAGAAUGCCACGACAGAGAAACCGGCCGACUCAAUAACAGAUGAAACACCAUCAAAUAGAAUAUCAGCCUCCGAAUCGGGAGCGGACUUUGCCAACGGUGGCACACGCGAACAAGCAGAGAACAGCAGCAUCCAUGGACAAGAGCCGACUGUCAACGACCGCACACUGCCCUCCUCGAAAGUGUUUCAGAACAGCCUGAAAGAAAAGUUUUCCGUCGUGAUGGACGACCUGCAAGCUCGCGCCUUGAAUGCCUCGCAAACCCUGAACGACCUCACCGGGUACUCUGCCAUCGAGUCCAUCAAGGCCGAAAACACCGCCCUCGAAGAUGCCCUCGCGAAAGCCCACGCCCAUCUCACAGCCUCUCGCUCGCAGUACAAAUCGUCCAACUCGAAACGAGCCGCAACGCAGCGAGAAGUCACCACGCUGCUCGCGAGGAAGGAGUCCUGGAGCCCCACCGACCUCGAACGCUUCACCGAGUUGUAUCGCACAGACCAUGUCCUAGAGGGCGAGGUGGCUGCUGCGCAAGAGGCCCUGACAGAAGCGGAGGCGGAGGAGCAGAGGCUCAGCCAGAAGCUGAACGCGGGCAUACUGAAGCGGUAUCACGAAGAACAGAUAUGGAGUGAUCGCAUUCGCAGAGCAAGUACGUGGGGCACCUGGGGCCUCAUGGGCAUGAACUUCUUGCUGUUUGUGGUGCUUCAAUUCGUUGCCGAGCCGUGGAAGAGGCGACGCCUGGUGAAUGGUGUCGUGGCCGAGGAGAAGCAGGUCCUCGAGGAGGUUCGGGGUGAGCUGGCGGCCGUGAAGCUUGCUCUGGAGGCGGCAGCAGCAAAAUCUCAGGAGCUAGAUGAGCCUGUCCUUGGCAUGAUGGAGGCUGUCUCGGGGGAACCUGUCACGACGGCCGAGCCAACCACCACACUUCCUGCGUUGCUAGAAGAGCACGUAUCCGCGCCAGAACCUGCAAUCACAUGGAAGCAGUUUCUUUCUGAGACAGAGAGAUGGCAGAUUGCCAUGAAAGAUCUUUACAGCGACAGACGACUAGAGUUGCGUAUGAAAGAUGCAUCAGCGUUGGCGUUGGAGGGUGCUGCGGCGGGAGCAGCCAUUGCUGGAGCCGUCUUUUGGAUGAUGGCACGAAGAUGAAGCUGUUUAUCACUGUUGUCAAAAUUGGCCAUGUGUAUCAGAUACUUGUACUGUAGAGCGGUGUUUUCAAGGACUGGAAGGUCAAUCAUAGCGCGCAUCGCAUUGUUCUGUCGAUUUACAAAUCGCAAGACCACUCGAGUUUGUCACUGCA